UCCUCGGUGAAAAGUGGUACGCCCCAUGUCACUCUGGAACCAGGAGAGGGAGGGUCAACAUGGCGUCUGAACAGGAGAGUUCCAAUGGGCCCAUGAAGAAGUCCAUGCGAGAAAAGGCUAUAGAAAGACGCUGUAUCAACAAGGAACACAACAGUAACUUCAAAGCAGGCUACGUACCCAUAGAAGAAGAACGUCUUCAUAAAACAGGGCUGAGAGGACGCAAGGGAAACAUGGCUGUUUGCAUCGUCAUCCUCCUCUUCCUCCUCGCCUUAAUUAACCUCAUUAUCACUCUGGUAAUAUGGACAGUGAUUCGAAUCGGUCCGAAUGGGUGCGACAGCAUGGAGUUCCAUGAGACUGGCCUACUGCGUUUCAAACAGAAGGCGGACAUGGGCAUCGUUCAUCCAUUGCACAAGAGCACAGUAGGAGGUCGCAAGGACCAGGACCUAGUCCUUGUCGGCAACAAUAAUCCGGUUGUGUUCCAGCAAGGCACCACUAAGCUGAGUGUUGAGAAGGACAAGACCUCAGUUGUCAGUGACGUUGGCAUAUCCUUCACAGACCCCCGCACACAGACCACAUUCUUCAGCACAGACUUUGAAAACCAUGAGUUCCAUUUGCCCAAAGGAGUCAAAGUUCUCAGUGUUAAAAAGGCUUCCACAGAAAGGAUCACCAGUAGUGCAUCAUCUGACCUGAACAUUAAGGGGGACAGCAAGGCCAUCAUUCGUGGAAACGAGGGUGUCAACAUCAUGGGCCGUACUGUAGAGUUCAAAAUGGGUGGAGGCAUCGAACUCAGAGCUGAGAACAGCAUCGUCCUCAACGGAUCAGUCAUGUUCAAUGCUACACGCAUCCCUAAUUCCGCAGGUGAUGUGUAUUUCGAUGAAGGCAUGGAGAGGUAUAAGCUCUGCAUGUGUGCAGAUGGGACUCUGUUCCGUGUGCAGGUGAAAUAUCACAACAUGGGCUGCCAGACUUCAGACAACCCAUGUGGAAAAGCUCACUAGGAGACCUUUCCACAGAGUCUGCUUUUACAUCUCACUACAGUCUGUCGCCACUGUCAAAUUACAAAUUUGCAAAUAUAGAAACUUCUAUAAGACAUAAAUCAUGACUUGCACAUCUCUCAAUACCUACACCCAACAAAUUCUGUAUUCCUCGUGUUGGUUGCUAAACAGGAAUUGUGUUACAGAUUGUUGCCACUUGGCCAAAGAUACAAACAUACUCUUAAGUUCUGAAUUAUUUUAUUGUUCUGCAGGUGUGCCAACUUCAUCUAUGAAUGUGUAACGCCAUUUCGGUACAUAACAUACCACUCCCAGAUUUAAAAUCAUAGUGUGGUUUACACUGCCAAUCAAUAGGAAUUAGAAGCUACAAUAUUUACUUUUUGCCUUACCGUCCAGUAUAACUAAUAUACAACCCUCGUAGACGGGUUGCAUAAGAUUCUAUUUGCUCAUGUGUUGGGUUCUGGCAGCUUUGUUUGACACUUAUUUUGUUAUAUUCACCUUUGACAAGUGACACCACAUGAUUAUGAUUUACUUAACGUUACAUUUGGGAAGAACUGAAAAACAUAUGUUUUAAGCCAUCAAGUAAUGCUUAGGUAGAGUAUUUCUUUGGACUGUCUAUAUGCACGUGCCAAUGGGUUUACAAGAGAAUAUAAUAUAUAUGUAAUACUAAUUUUGUUGCAGAUCCUUUUUUACAGCAAAAAUAAUACAAUAUUGAAAAUCAGAAGGAGAAGAUAUGCUUGAGAUGAAUGCAGUUUGAAGCCUAUAUAAAGUGUUUUGAAUUUUGUGCAAUAUAGGAUAACAUAUUUGACUUUCA